AUGCAUAAAGCAUCAUAUGGUCCACCAUUACGUGUACAGAUCGAUUCCCCGAAGAAUUUGCAUGUCCCGGUUGGCGGUCGAGCUCGUUGGUACUGCCGAGUUAUUGGACAACGGACUGCUGGAAUACGGUUACAAUGGUCGAAAGUUGGUACUGCCGGAUUGCCAAGUAAUGCAGCUCAAUACGAUGGUGAAUUAGUUAUUGAUGGUGUAGAAGAAUCUGAUGUAGGUCAAUAUCGGUGUACCGGAUCCGGUGAUCAUCAGUUUGCUACCGAUGAUGCUAUGCUAAGUGUCGAACCGAAAUCACGAAUGCCAGGUAUUGGGAGACCGCCACCACUAAUGGUUGAUCCAUUGGAACAAACAGUAAAUGUUAAUGAUAUGGUUAGUUUCCGCUGUUGGGUACCUGGAUUAUUAUCUUGCGAACUUAAAUGGUACAAGGAAGAUAUCGGUGGACAGUUACCACAUGGCGUAUAUCAAACAGAUGGUACAUUAAAAAUUCCUCAUGCGCAGUUGGAACAUGCUGGCAAUUAUAUCUGUACCGCUUCUAAUGAAUAUGGUAUUGGGAAAUCGCCACCAGCACGUCUAAUUGUUAAGCAACCACCGCAGCGACCACGAAUUGAUCCGCAAGAAAAGACAGUUGCAGAAGGAGAACCGGCACGUUUCCGUUGCUGGGUACCUGGUGAUCCGACGGCAAUUUUAACAUGGAAAAUGAAAGGUAACGGUCCAUUACCGCAUGGUAUACAGCAACAUGAAGGUAUCUUGAAUAUUCCAAGUGCGCAACGUCAGCAUGCCGGAAGUUACAUCUGUACUGCAAGUGAUCCAGCAGGGUACAAGCCACCAAUGGAUAGUCCUGUAGCUAGACUGAUCGUGGGACCAGCAAAUAAUCCACUGGUAGAUCCAUUGGAGCAAACAGUAAAUGAGAAUCAACCAGCUCAGUUCCGAUGUUGGGUUCCUGGUAAUCCAAGGGCCAUCCUUCACUGGAGACGUGCUGAUGGUCGUGCCUUAGGAUAUGGAAUUAGUGACAGAGAGGGAAUCUUAUCUAUACCUCAUGCCCAAAUGUCGGAUGCCGGUGAAUAUAUUUGUUCUGCACAAGAUGCCUACGGUGGACCACCGGUUGAUUCGUCUCCAGUUCGAUUAGAUGUUGAAAGACUUUACGAAGCUUCAACUCAAUAUUUGUCGACUCAACCGUCGGAAAUUUUCCAAAAACCGCAGGUUGAUCCUGAACAUCAAAUUGUAUACGAAGGGGAUCCGGCAAUGUUCCGAUGCUGGGUACCAUCUAAUCGAAAUGCACGCUUGAAAUGGUCUAGAGCUGAUGGUACAUCGUUACCAAAUAGUGCAUUCGAUGAUGGUACUGGUACAUUGUACUAUCUAAGGGCUCACAUAUCAGAUGCUGAUUUCUAUGUUUGCUUAGCUAUCAGCCCUACUGGUGAUCUAUCACUGGAAUCAAACCCCGUUGAAUUAAAGGUAAAACCACACGAACGAAGGAAGCAAAUUAUGAGAUCUGAAUUAGCUCGAGGAAUACCAACAGUUGAUCCAAUGGAACAAACCGUCGAAGAAGGUGAUCCAUCACAGAUUCGUUGCUUUGUGCCCGGUGAACCGAAUGUUAUGCUGAAAUGGAGGAAAGAAAGUGGUGAACUGCCAGUUGAAGCAACCGAAAAUAACGGAAUUUUAUUUAUUCCGCAAACGGAAAGUGAGGAUGCCGGACGUUAUAUCUGUACUAUGGAUGAUUUUCGCGGUGCACCGGUCGAUUCCAUUCCCGCAAGUGGUAAGCCACCGCGACCGGUUGCAACACCAAGCGAUCAGGUUGUUAAAGUUGGUGAAACAGCGCGAUUCCAUUGCGAUCCAAACAGCGAUACGCCGGCAAGUGUUCGCUGGGGAUAUGAAACUCCUGAUGGUCCGUUACGAGGUGAUGUAGUACAAGACGAUAAUGAUUUGAUCAUCCGUUCGGCAGAUAAUUCAGAUACUGGUGAAUACAUCUGUAUUGCAACUAAUGAAUAUGGUUCUAGUGAAGCUGAACCCGUCCGGCUUCAUGUUACUGAAAAAGAAGAACCUCCAACAGCACGUGUUGUACCACGUGUUUGGAAUGGACAACCCGGUGAUAAACAUCAGUUCCAAUGCAUUGUUACCGGUUCUCCAGAGCCAACUAUAAGUUGGACUGGACCAAGUGGUGAAACGUUACCUGAAGAUGUUACUGACGUUGGUAGCGGUUUCUUGGAUUUUCAAAAUGCUCGGGCUGAUAUGAAUGGUGAUUAUACAUGUACGGCAACUAAUAUUGUUGGUGAGGCUAGCGAUCAUGGAUCCGUGAAUAUUGGACCUUCGCUUAUCGUACGUACUAGUCCACCUGGACCACGAAUAGUUCUAACUGCUGGCGAGCCACUGGAGAUUAAAUGUGAAGCAUUCGGUGAGCCGGAACCGGAAGUGGAAUGGUUACAUGAUCCGGGACCAGAACGGGGUGAUCUACCAGAUGAUUUCAAACCUGUCACAAUUUCGGAACAAUUCAUUCGGCAUCCAAGUAUUGGACUUGGUAAUGCUGGUGUAUACACAUGCAGAGGUAGCAAUAUUCAGGCUUCAGCUAAGAAGGAUAUUUAUAUUGAAGUUGUGGAACCAUCAAAAGUAGCAACAGUUUCAAUCCUUGGUGGUUCAAUGCAGUGGUUUGAGCCUGGUAAGCCAGCUGAUUUGAUAUGCGCUGCAACGGGCAGUGAAAUUGUUGAUCGUAUCCAGUGGGUUAAAGUUGAUAGUGCAUUACCGGACAAUAUGAAAGAAACGGAACUUGGGAUUUUACACAUUUCUAAAUUUAAGAAAUCAGAUAGUGGUGAAUAUGAAUGUCGUGGAUAUCGUCAUGAUGAAUUAGUGGGAAGUAAUCGCGUUACAAUACAUGCUGCCAAUUUAACGCCGUUAGAUAUAGCACGAGUAGAAAUUGAUUCUCCCAUUAUUCGUGUUAUUGAUCAGGGUGAAUCUAUAAAGCUUACGUAAACAACCAUUCCAUAUCUUCUUACUUGGUAUCAUUCGGUUGGCAAUGACAAUUUAAAUCAAGCACCAAUCAUUCUAAGUCAUGAUAAAAUAUUGUACCUGAAUGAAGUUGAUUUCAAUGCACAAGGCAUUUACUGGGUACAUUACGAGAGUACAUCCGGUGAAAGUGUUCGCAGAGGUGGUAACAGUGGUGUCAACUUCGAAUGGGCAUUGCUUCGUGGUGGCAAUAUCAUCCGGCAAUACUCGGAUGACAGUACACUGGUAAUUAAAAAAGCUGAUCCAUCGAAUGAUUACGGAGUGUAUAGAUGUGAAGUGGAAGAUGAUGACGGAGAGUUGAUCGGACAAGCAUACACAGCUGUUAUCAUUGGAUUUACCGAUCCUUCCAAUGCACGAAUUUUGAAAUUUGACGAGAAAUCAGCUGCAACAAUUGAAUGCCCAGUUUAUGCCAUACCGGGCGCAAAUGUCACGUGGGAAAAAGAAGAUGGUGAACUACCAACUGGUGCAAAAAUAAUCGGUAAUAAGCUGAUAAUCAACGAAUUUGACGAUGAUGCUGUAGGAAUGUAUGUUUGUAAAGUUGAUAUACAUGGCAAACAGGUUGAAGGCUACGUCAAAGCAGAAAUAUACGUUCCGGAUACAAUAAUACAAGUAUUGCUGGAGCCAUCAUCGGAAAGCAUAUCACUGGGUGAUCGAGCAUGGCUCGAUUGUAAAGUAACAGGUGAUCCGGAUGCUGAAAUAACUUGGACAAAAGAGGGUGAUGAUGAACUGCCUGACAAUACACAGGUUAUUGGUAAUCGUUUAUUGUUUGUAAACGUUCGUGAAGAUAACGGUGGUAUCUAUAAAUGUCAUGCGAAAACGAAGGCUGGACCAUUGGAAACACGAAAUGUGCUCAAUGUUGGAACAGCAAAACGCAAGCGAAAGCGUAUUUCACGUAAAAAAGAAAAACGGGCCCAUAAGGAGGCUGGAAAUAAUGAUAAGAAAACGAAGCGUAGUUCCAUUUUUGGCACCUGGUUUACGUCUAGUUAA